AUGUCCAAUCUAUUCUUGGACUCAGAUCAAUGGGCCGGCCCUGUGAGUCGACUUUCCAGGUGUUCAUUGCUUCGAUGUCGUGUACAGGUGGAUAACGAUCCAUCCUCACUAGAUACCCCGACUGAAGUACCUUCUGAGUGGAAUCCAACAAAACCAAUUUUGCGUAUAUUAUCCCACAAAGAGUGGUUGGAACCAACAUGUACCAGACGGUCUGCUUUUGUGGCAUACAGUUCGACCAGUCAAAUUCAAGAGGUAGUUGUACAUGAUGCAUCCGUUACAAAUUUCAGAUGUUUCACGCUGAGUGCAUGCAUUCAUUAUCUUCGUCAGAUAAGCCUCGACCAACUUGAAGAAGGUUCUCCUGGAAUCGGAUUCAAUUUCAUGAUUGGAAAUGACGGCACAGUAUACGAAGGUCGGGGGCUAAAUUACGAGGGAUCACAUACACACGGACAUAAUAUGCACACCUACGGAAUAGCAUUUCUAGGUUCGUAUCCGUUAAAUUUUCCUGCCGUGACUCCACUACAGGCAUUUUGGUAUCUGAUCAAAUAUUUGCAAUUUAAAAAAAUGCUCCCAGAUGAUUUUCGCCUCAAAACUCACCGUGAUCUUCAUCCAGACGACUGCCCGGGUCUCGCAUUGCAGGCCCUUAUGCAUACCUGGUCUCAGGGUACACCAAAUCCUGAAGAGAGUAAAAUUGAGAUAUGUGCGUCCGAAGGAAAAUCUCCCUCCACUGGUUCGUUAUCUGCCACUACCAUAGGUUUGUUUGUGCUUUCCAGCCUAGUCGUACUUGGUUUGGGGUUGCUCGUUGCAUCUAUAGUGGUGAACUAUAGUAUUAGCAGAAGUUCUCCAAUCGGUGGGACAUCCAGUCUGAUUGAGCACACACCGGAAUGUCAACGAUGGUCCGAAGUUUGUCGUCGAGUUAACAAAAGCCAAUUACAAUUUCGUCACACAGAUAUUCAUCCAAAUAUGCCCAAUUCCGAUCAGGGUAGAUACCGGCUAUUUCUGAAUGCCUACCAACUUCCGGCUCAGGUGAAAUUGGGACUUGCAUUUCAUCAGAGCUUGAAACCGCGGGGCUAUAACAAAGAACUUGCUCUGAUUACUCUGUUCUGUCAGAAUUGGCGAAGUUUACUCGAACAGGAUUCAAUUCCACCACUACUUCUAUUGAUGACUUUGUCUGCAUUGCGGAGAUACAUCAUAGUCCCGAACGAUAUUCGUCCACCUCUUCGGAUUCAGCUGCUCACUUGUUAUCUGGAUUUUAUGAUUGUUGUAGCAGCCCACAACGAUUUAAACUACAACGAUCAGAUGGCGGAACUCUGUUCUGAUACGUCAGUCAUCACAAGUGUAAGAAGGGAAAGAUCAACGUGGAAUCCUUUCUGUGGUCGAUCUUUUCGACUCAGUUGUUUGAAAUGUGAUUUAUGUCAACCACUUGAAACACAAGAAAAUUACACUUGGACCAGUGGUCACAAAGGACGGCGUUCAGGGAGAAAAAGAUUCACACUUGGACGUAAAUCCACCGAGCCACGAAUGAACACCUAUUAUGUGGGCAACACGGAGUGGCACAAGUUUAGAGAACGACAAAACUUAUAUGCCCGGAUUCCAGAGCUUGAAGAUGAAGAGACAAGUUUCCAAAAGUUUCUGGUCUACCGGGAAUCCUCGUUAGAUGGUACUUAA